AUGAACUCUUCCAUCGGAAUCGCUCUUCUGCUCCUCUUUGCUUCUGCUCAAUCCGUCGCUGGCGUUAAACGAAACAACCCCAAUGUGCUGGAAAUCCGUGAGCAGAUCAACAAUCUCAACAAGAUGAGACUUGAAGUGGCUAAAAAACAUGAAAUAGCAAACAUGCACGAAGUGACUUGGGACCAAACUCUGGAGAGUAAGAUUAAAAAGAUGACUUGCGACGAGUUGGGCUCUACUGGCCCAGACUACCUUGUUUUCGAUUCCUACGAAGUUGACGCUGCAUUAGAAACCAAGGUAGAUUACAUGAAAUCGGCACCGCUCCAUCCGCUUCAAACCAAAAUUGCAUGUGGAACUCUUCCGACAGAGUGCGAUGGCAAAUCAGAUACAUGUCUCAUGGGACCCAAAAACUCCCCACUUAAAAAGUCGGAAAUCGAGAAAGGAUCCCCUGGAACUGGAUGCUCUGGUGGAAAUGGUGCCAGUGGAUUGUGUAUGGGAGGUGGUGUUUCAUCUGCAUCCACGCCAAUGGCUAUCGUUUCUCUUGCUUUUACCCUUAUCAUGGCAUAG